AUGUGUAUGGUAAAAGCGCAAAAAGGCUUAGAUGGAGGGAUCUGGAAGGUUUAUGUGACUGCCGCCACCUUGAAUGGAACUCUAUACUAUCAUACUCGCGAACAAUACGACAUCCACGGUCUCCUAAAACAAGACCCCCCGUUCAUCCAACAAGAUCCCAAUCCGUCCGGAAGCGGGCUAGGUUUGGACCCAGUCAACAUUGGCCACGACGUGCCUCAUGACAACCACUUCUUUGAGGCGACUCCCAAAAAAUUCAAGGCCUCCAAUUUUGGCGCGCCAUACGCCGACUGGAUCAAGGAAGUCGACAAGAACUCGACCGCUUGGGAGGAGCGGUUGUCAGAACCGGACUUCUUUGCAAAGAGUGUUCUCGAGUGGCCUGAAGACGUCAACUGUGGUGCUGCAUAUAACGGCUGUGAUGGGAGACCCUUGUGUGACGACAUCAGCGAGAGAAUCGAGAACAGGACGAGAGCUCGGCAGAUAUGUUAUGUCUUUGAUUCAUUCCAUCACGUGAGCUUGAUCAGUGCCCAAGUACACUUUCCGCGGGAACAAAGCAAAGCAGCCCAAGCCGCCGGUGAUGCCAAGUGUAGUGAGUUUGCCUCAACGUUCCUUUGGCAAUUCGAUCCGAGCGUUCAGAAGAAUGAAGCUGGUGAGAUCAAGGUAGAGGUUAAGGAAGGGGUUGGGGAAGCUGCUUCACUUACUAAAACUAAAGCUAGUGAAAUCAAGGUAAAAGUUAAGGAAGAAAUUGGGAAAACUGCUUCACUUACUGAGACUGAAGCUAGCGAGAUCGGAGUAGAAGUUGGGGAAGAGGUUGGGGAAGGGGUCGGGCAGGGUUCGACGGAAACCGCCUUCGGUGAAGCUGGUGAGGGUGGAAGUGUCCCAGGGACGGAUGGUACUGAAGCUGGUGAGGGCGGAAAUGUCCCGGGGACGGAUGGUGGUGAUAGCCCAAGGAGUGGAAAUGAAGGCGGAGAAGGUACACCUGGGUCUCCAACCAACAGUGGCGAUGGCGGGCCUGGGUCCACAGGAGAUAGCACAAAUGAAGGCGCUGAUUCCACAGCAACAGGCGGAAAGAACGUAGCUGGCGUCAAGACGCCGUGGAAAUGGCAACGCUCUUACGACAAAAAUGACAAUGUUAAACAAAGGGGCUGGCAUAGAAUUGCUGGCCCGGCUAUGCAGGACGGCAUUUGUUCAGGAUUCCCAAAUGCCGGUCCGGAGGAUCUCGAGAAGUUGACGAACGUAAUAUCGGACAAAAUCCUCUCUGCCGCAGAGGACUACCGGGCGACCAUCCAUAGUCACUUGAAGGAAGUAAAGAAAGGGGACGGAUUCGGGGAUGACGGCACAUUCGUCCAACCUUUCACCAGUAUUAUGGCGGAAACAAUUUUCAGAAGAGAUUACGUGCGAUUGACGAAGUAUGAGCGCGAUUUCUUCGUAGAAGAAACAUCGAAGCUUGAGAUGGAUUCAGGAACAUUCACCAUUGAACCCGAACCUGGGACUACUUGCCAGGCUCAAUGCUGGAAAAAUUGGGACCAAACCAAGCAGCUGGAGAUGUUCGGUUUAGACAAGCUGAUGAAGAAUGAUAACCACUGGGGCUGGUGGGGCGCUAAUGCCGAAGAAUUUCUCACCCAUUCCUACAACCAUUGGCAACGGUCGCAAUUUCGCCCAGACGUCCUGUUCCCAACUAUCGAUCAAGUUCGAGAAGGGACAUCCUCCAACUCUAGUUCAGGUGCCGCUGUGCCUGUUUGUUAUUCUCCUCAGCCUAUUCAAAGCUACAAGCAGACGCACAAUCGAGACAAAGCACUUCCAUGCAUCUGUGGCAAUGAGAUCGGCAACGAGACGGUGAGCUUUUUCCGUGAGGCCAAUUUCCAGUCCUGGAUCGCCGUGAACGAGGGAAAAGGGCUUGCCGAAGCACGCCAGACGAGCUUUCAGAUCGACAAGACUUGGCCUGUCCAAGCGUAUCUGGCCUUCUGUCACCUUGGCUGGCAUUUCCCGGUUCAAAGCGACCAAUACUCGGAUAAUAGUACUAACGGAGGGAAGCACCGCUUCGGCAUGGGCGCGGACGUCAUGUGCGAACAGGCGGAAAAGGAAGCGCAAGAGGUGAUCAAGAGAGGAGGUAGCAUCACAGAUGUCAACUGUAACCUGUGCUGGCUAAGCAAAACUGGAAAGACUAUCAAGGAAAACCAGAGACACUAUGUUCACCACGACACCAUGGACCAUCGGAACAAGUAUCACUUCCAAAAGGCAUGUGAAGAACAAAUGGGGAACAAGGAGGUUUGUAAGCUAGAAACGUGA